ACUAACCACUUUAACGACGUCGAUGAAACUGAACCUCAACGGGGCUCCUUAUGAGAUUCACCUAACCAAGACUUAUAGCAUCUACAAAAAAGAAGUACAGAUGAGAUUAUUGGAGAACGCCUGCUUUGGAGCACUUGUUUUACUCGGAAUUGAAGAGGGCCGUCGUACAUGUGCCAAUGGAUUGCCGGUGAUUUCGUCAAGUAUUCGGAUGUUAGGUCGAUUUGAGAAGAUGAAAAGCAUCCAACAUCCUGCACUGUGCGCAUAUAUCGAGCUUGUUCGGUGUACUCUCGUUCCAAAUGCCGUUAUUCUGAUCUCUGAACAUCAUAAUUUGUCACUCUCUUCGCUACUGUCAUCUAAUAGUCUUUCUUCUGAGGAGAUAUUCAAUGUUUUAUGGCAAAUUGCUGAAGGAAUUUCUGCACUUCAUAAUGCAGGAUUUUGUGCUGGGAUACUCAAUUCUGAUUCUAUCGUGAUACCCGAAUGUGAAGAUAAAAGAUCUAUGACCGUCCGUCUAACCCAGUAUGCUAUGAGUUACAUUUCUAAAGAUGGUUUUGAUAUACAGAAUGGAUUGCCCGUUGGGUUUUCUGUAGCACCCGAACAGCUCAUAAAAGGCUUGAGAUGUGGAGGAACAACGUACAAAACGGAUGUAUGGGCACUCGGGAUUGUAUUACUGGAAAUGGCCACGGGUGUUUUGUUACGAGACAUCUGGUCACUGAAGCAGUACAUGACAAUUUUGAAGUGUAGCAUGACAAGAGCCGUCAACGGUUCGCUUUUGGAUCCAUUGUUAAAAGCACUGCGAUCAGUAUCGCAGUCAUCACGAGAUGUCGCAGAGUUGGACAAAAAGCUGCUUGGUGUCAUGGAGAAGUGCCUUUCAUUGUUGCCCUCGAAACGCCCCACUCCCGAUGAAAUCCUUUCUUCCAUUAGUCACGAACAAGCAUCUGAUUCGUCCUACUUCGAGUCUGUGGAAAGCUUAAGCGAAAGAAUCAGCUCUAAUAGCAGUAGGGACUGGAUCCUACGAGAAAUGCCCGUUGAGGACGCACUGUUUCUAUGGAGGCUUUGUGGAUCUUCAGCCGAAGCUAUUUUGAUACGCAAUAAUGUCAUCACUCUCCGUCAUCGAGUGCUCACAAAUCCGAGUAUUGUGGUGGAGGACCUUCGUAUGUUUGGUAACGAUGAAGCCCGAAAGUUUUAUGUAAAACCUGGUGUCGUAAUGCUUCCUGAUAAAAAUAUGCGUGAGAAGUUGUCUUCUAUAGCAUCCACAGACAUUUUCUUGCAAUCGUCUCUUACUGCGACAGAGGCUGGCGAUUUUCAAAACGAUAAUUUAUCCGUGAUUGUUAAAGAAAAGGAUAUGGUCUAUCAGGCGUCUCGUAUGCGGCUCAUUAGUCAUCUCCUAGCUUCACGUUUUUACAAACAGCAAGAACUACUAGAUGCAGUUGCUCCAGACAUCCCGCCAAUGAGAAGAGCUGACGUUUGGUGUGCUCUACUGGACGUACGAUCGAGUGACGAGUGGAACUUUUACCUUUCCAACACUUUAGCUGUCCAUAUAAGUGAUAGGCAACUAGACGUGGACAUACCUCGUUGUCAUCAGUACGAGGAGUUGAUGACAUCUCCAGCUGCUCAUUACGGGUUGCGGCGUCUUCUGAAAGCAUGGCUGAUCAGUCAUCCUCAGUAUGUUUAUUGGCAAGGAUGUGACAGUCUGGCAGCUCCAUUCCUGCUGUUACACUUUAACCGUCUGCCUACUGCUUUGGCUUGCCUUACUGCAUUCAUCAAGAAGUAUCUCAACAACUUUUUUCUGAAGGAUAAUUCUGCUGUGAUACAAGCUUGUUCUCCGGGCCAUUUUAUGAAGACAAACAUACUACUUACAGAACAACUUGCUGUAUUCAAUCAUCUAUUAGCUUAUGUGGAUGCUAAGUUGUACACUCGUUUGGCCUCUAUGGAAUUUUAUCCAGAAUUGUUUGCUAUUCCAUGGUUUCUUACUUGUUUUGCCCAUGUGCUGCCCAUUCACAAAUUAUUUCACAUCUGGGAUCACUUGCUGCAAAGAGACUCGUCAUUUCCUCUGUUCAUAGGUGAGCUUUACGUGUCUUUACCGUUUUUCUCUUUACUCGUCUUUCUAAUACUCUACUUAGAAGGACCUCCCACUUGUGCAAUAAGUUUGAGUUUCGGGUCAUCUCUUACCGAUUCUACCGAGAAGCGACAGAAAAAAAUUAAGAAGAUUUUAUCUUUAGGAUUGGCUAUUUUACGUCAGCUUCGUCCCACCCUUAUAGAUGCUUCUUUCAAUGAUGCAAUAUUACUGUUUUCCGACUUGCCUGACAAGCCGCAAGCAGCUCCACGAGGAUUACCUUGUAGUCUUCGCCAUGUGCCAUACAAAGAGUUGAAAAAAUGGCACUGUCCUCGACUAUCACGUGAGGAGUUCAAGUGGAGAGUCACGGAUCAGUUGAUUGUUGCAAUCGACAUUCGCCCUCAGAUUGAGUUCGGGAGAGGUUGCGUGCUGCGUUCAAUCAAUUAUCCUAACGUCAGUGAUAAGUCUCUGCUGAAUAUUGCUGAACCAAUGAAAGUUGCCCAGAGAAAUCAGCAUCCUAUAUGUAUUCUUGGUGGAAAGGAUGUUGAUAUAACUCGGAAGUUUUCUGGUGAUCUGGUGAAUCUCGGAAUUGAUGGCAUUUGUGUACUGGAUGGAGGCUUCGAGUCGAUUCGGCAUGAUACGUCACUUAUCCACGUACCUCAUUAG